AUGGUCGGCCUCAUUGCUGCCGUCGUCUCGGCGCUCAUUGCUGCGCAGGCAGUCAUUGCGACUCCUGUGCGCUCGCGUACAGCCUACCAAGUCAAGGAAACGCACAAUGUUCCGAGGAAGUGGAAACGGGUGGAACGCGCGCCGCAGGACCAUGUGAUCAACCUGCAGAUCGGUGUCAAGCAGAGCAACUAUGCCGAGUUGGAGAGACAGUUAUACGAAGUUUCUGACCCGGACCACCACCGCUACGGCCAACAUCUCUCCGCCGACGCUGUCACAGAGCUCGUCAAGCCUACAGAGGAGACGUGGGGUCUGGUGCACGAAUGGCUCGAGGACCAUGGCAUCGUCCCGUCGUCUUACAGCUCCUCUAAGGACUGGCUUAUGGUGGCCCUGCCCGUCUCCGCUGUCGAGUCCCUCCUCGACACCGAGUACCACACCUACGAGCAUGCCGACGACAAGACCCGUGUUGUGCGAACCUCUGCAUGGUCUCUGCCGGCUCACCUGCACGCCCACAUCGACACCAUCCAGCCGACGACCUCGUUCUUCCGCGCCCGCGCCAACGCGUUCGAACACAUUGACGGUGCGCUCUGGCGGGAUCCGAAUUACGCGCCUCCUAGCAAUGGGACGCUCAACCAGGUCUGCAACGUUAGCUCCGUAACGCCCGAGUGUUUCCAGGCUUUAUACUCGACCAAGGGUUACCACACCCAAGCGGCGGGCAAGAAUCAAGUCGGCUUUACCAACUACCUGGGCGAGCACCCGAUCCGCACCGACUUGGACCUCUUCCUCAAGAAGUAUCGCCCUGAGGCUGUCUCGAGCGCCCAAGAUUUUGAGCAGAUCGUAAUCGCCGAUGGGCCGGGAGACAUCCCUCUGUCCCCCUCCGACCUCGAGGACAGCACCUCCAAGGAGGCAAACUUGGAUGUGCAAGCCAUUGCCGGCAUCAGCUGGAAGACGCCCAUCACCAGUUGGUCGACAGGCGGCAGCCCGCCUUUUAUCCCGUCUGCAAGCACACCCGACAACUCGAACGAGCCCUACUUGGUCUGGGUCAAUUACCUGCUUUCCCAGGAGUCAUUCCCGCAAGCCAUCAGCACAAGUUACGCCGACGACGAGCAGACCGUACCCAUCGCGUACGCCCGCCGUGUCUGCCAACAGUUCGCCCAAGUCGGCGCCCGAGGAACCUCGCUCUUCUUCGCCAGCGGUGACGAUGGUGUAGGUCCGAGUGACCCCGCGGAGUGCAUCAGCAACGAUGGACAGAACACGACGAUGUUCCUGUCGCUUUUCCCGUCGAGCUGCCCCUUUGUCACCACCGUGGGCGCAACCCAGAAUUUCGAGCCCGAGGUCGUCGCCUACCGUCCCGCGUUUGUCGGACCGGACGGGGUCGCCCACGGCAACUACACUUCAGGCGGCGGCUUCAGCAACUACUUCCCUGCCCCGUAUUACCAGGAAGCCGUUACCAAGCACUACGUCGACAGCCUCGAUGGACUGUACGACGGGCUUUACAACAAGGAAGGCCGCGGAUAUCCCGACAUCUCGGCUCAGGGCUUGUACUUUGCCUAUUUCUGGAACGGCACGGAGGGUGUUAUCAGUGGCACCAGUGCCAGCACACCGCUCCUGACUGGUGUCAUUUCACUGGUCAACGAUGCGCUGAUUGCGGCUGGGAAGCCAACGUUGGGCUUCUUGAAUCCUUGGCUGUACAAGAAGGGGUGGAAGGGGCUGACCGACAUUGUGAGCGGCAGUGCUCACGGUUGCGAUGUGGAUGGUUUCCCUGCUGUUAAGGGUUGGGAUCCAGUUACGGGGCUGGGCACGCCUAUAUUCCCUGAGCUUGUCAGACUGUCGGGUGGCAAGCUGCCUCACAAUUAUUAA